AUGAAACUAUUCAUUAUAAUGAAUAUUUUAUCAGUAGUAUAUAGUGCUCAAAUAUUGUCAAAUCGAUCUCCAUAUAUUGAUAAAUCUGGAUAUCAACAAUCAUCUAAUCAACUUAAUGGAAUUCUAAAAACUAAAGUGGAUGUUGUAAUUAAUGAUGCUUUAUUGGGAGAUCGAGAAAAAAAUCAACUGAUCAAAUGGAAUCCUAGUUAUGGAAAUUCUCAAUCAGAAAUAUACAAACAUCUAUCUUCUUCUAUUUGUUACCUAGUAAUGUUCAUUUUUAUUAUUUAUCAUGUAUAAUUAAUAUUCAUGCAAAGAAUAGGGAUAUAUGUCAAUAAAAGACUGAUCAAUU